CGGCUCGCUCAGCGGGGAGGGGGCGCGCGGGAGCGGGCGCGCGCCUGACGUGGCGCGCUGCGGGAGCGGCAACGGCUGCUAACGGCUGCAACGGUCCAGGCGUGGGGCGGGCGGCGCCGGCCCGAGCGAGAGGGCACAAAAUGUCUGAGGUUAAGCAGAGGAAAAGAGGUACUUCUUCUUCCAAGACCAAUGAGGAUUCACAAAAGGCUGAGAAGGACAGUAAUCAUGGGAAGCUGGUAAAUCCCAGGAUCAGCAAUAAUAAGAGUUCCUCUUGGGUAGACUCACGGACAGCCUUGAGCUUAAUUUCCCUUGCUGUUUGCCUGGUGCUGACCUGGUUCCUAUUUCAGCAGUCAAAUCAAUUUGCUGAUAUGGAAAAAAAACAUAAUUUCUUACAGCAAGAAGCUGAAAAGUUCCUGGACGUGAAAAAUAAAGUUAACUUAAUUUCUGAAAAGCUUGAGUCUUCUGAAAGUAUCCUACAUGAAGCUACCUCCUCCAUUUCUGUGGUGACUGAGUUUGAGCAGGAAAUAUCUUCUCUUCGUAACAUCAUAAAUGAUAUUCAGAACAGUGAACAAACUCUCUCUAUAAAGAUGCAGAGCAUUAAUGAGAAGUUCCAAAAUAUUACAGAUUCCUGGAGAAGAAGCUUGGAUGAAAUGAACACGAACACUAGUGGUUUAAAAUCUGAAGCCAAGUUCAUACAUACAGAAGUUACUUCCCAAAUUAAUGAAGUUGAUCAAAGAAUUAAAUCCCUUUCUGAAAGAUUAAAAGAUUUGGAAGACAGUACAGCCAGAAAUAUUAGAACUGUAAAAAGGCAAGAAGAGGAUGAGUUCUCUAGAGUGGAACAGCAGUUGGAUUUGCAUGCAAAGGCAGUUGAAAAACUAGAAGAAGAACAAAAUAGUCUGUUAGCCAAAGACACAGACCUGAAUCAGAAAGUUACAGACUAUAAACCCAAAAUUGAUGAGUGCAAGACCCAUUUGCCGACAAUUGAAAAUGCUGUUCACUCCAUUCUUAGGUUAUCAAGUGAAUUGCUAAGUAUGGAGAAAAAGAUAGAAGACUUGACAACACAGCUAUGUACUGUGGAAAAUGAUAUGUUGAAAACUCUCUCUCAUACAAUGGAGAUGCAAAAGGUUCUUGAAGGCAUACAAUAUGAUGAAAACAUAUUGAAACUGCAAAAUAAAAUAGCGGUUUUAGAAGAAGUAGUACCUGACAUAAAAGUAUCUUCAAAUACAAAAGAAAUAGCUAUUGAAGACUAUAAUUUAGAAAAUGAUCAGGGUGAGGAUAGUUAAUUUGGACUUAGGGUUUUCAUUGAUGGAAAAACACUUUAAUCAGUAUAGAAAUAGCUGAAUAUUGUCAUCAAUUUCAAUGGGCAAUGGAUCAGAUUUAAAUUUUAUGGUAAAGAGGAUAGAGAGCAAGAUAUACCGAGUUGGAGGAGGCAAGAAGUUGUGUUUUCUUUUUUUUUAAUAAGAAUUAUUUUCAACAUAUUGAAAGUUUGUUUUUAUUAAAAUGGAUUAUGAAGCAAAGUAUUUGGAUAAGAAAUAAAAAUUACAAACAUCAUAUUGAAAUUAUGUUUAGUUUUCUCUGGCUUCUUAUGUUGUUGUAUUUUGUUGUUAUAUUCCAUGGACUUGUAGCACAAUGAAAAAUGAAGUACUUAUCUCUAAGCACAUAUACAUUGUAGAUUCCUUUUAAUGUAUUGUAUACCAUAAUAUUUGUUUGCAGUACAUAGUUUUGAGUGUCAGAAUUGUUAAUGGAAUCUCCGUAUUUUAUUAUGUGGAGGAAAGUACUUAGUAGUACAUUUCCAACAGCUUAUGCUGAAGCUUAGAUACAACAGCAUUGUACAACAGAAAAUACUAGGAAAAUACCCCUUACCGAUAACCCUUUCUUAUAACUUAUAUUUAUAAACAAGGGGUUACAUAGCAGCUGGUAUUAUCUUGCAUUUUUUGACCCUUUACAAGUGGCCUCAUUAGACCACACUUCCUGCCAUUUCCUCCCUAAAAUCGCUGUCAUUUUGUUACGCCACUGAAGUCCUCAGACCACAUAUGGACUGAAGUUCUUACUAACAGAUAUUCCUGUUAGUGCUCUUCCAUCAUUUCAUUUGUGUUUGGUGUGAUCAAUCACUUUAUUAGAUCUGUACCAUUAGAAAUAAGUUUUAACCUUUUCUUCUGCGGGAUGUUCUCUGUCAGGCGUUACCCAACAUGUGGGAUAUUUGCAUUCCAAAGUGAAAACAAAACUGUUAACAGUGUUUUCUAACAAUAUUUCCCAAACUUUGGCCAACUAAGAGCUGCAAAAGCAAUUAGUGGAAGCUGUUAAGUCAUGUACUUUCAAUGUUUUUUUUAAAAAAAAUCAGUUUCUUCACAGAUCUACUUACACCAGAAAGAAUACUACAUAAUAGGCCUUCAAUGUAUAGCUUUAUCUUGAAAUUUGGAUCUCAAGACUGCCAUACAUUAGUGUCUACAGAUUUACAUCUUGAUAAUUUCCAAUUUCUCAUUUCUGAAUUCAGGAAAAUAAAUUGCUUAGUAGAUAGUAUGAACUCCUUGUGAAUUAGUUAAGUCUGAGUUAAAUUACUCAUUCUUUUGUAUAUUCAUUUAUCUAGAACUCCACUGAAAUCUUCAUUAAAGAGUUAAUGGUUCACAUUCAAGAGGCUAUUAAACUUGAGUUUCUCAAUGUUAUAAAGUCCUUCGAAGUCUCAUAUACUUUCAGAAUUACUUAUGUAUAGAUUUGUCUGUUUACAGUCAUGUUCAAUAAAAAUAUAUUGUAGUAGA